AUGAAGCGAUUUGCCACUGUCCUGCUCCUUCUUGUGUCGGUCGUCGUUGCCGCCGACGUAAGCAACGCGGUCGGCCAAGGUGCGGCCUCUGUAUUUGGUGAUGUGACGAAAUUUGGCGGCGGCGCUGUCAGCACUGUGAUGUCGGGCGUCGGUCAGGGCGGCUCUGCUGUGGCCUCCGGCGCGUCGCAAGGAAACACUGGUGCACAAUCGGGAUUGUGCAGCGGUGACGCCACAUGCCGUGGUGAGCCGACUGUCUCUGCCACCAACCCCAACCAGUCGUACAACGGUGGUGUAGGCACGAUCCACAGUGCCGGCGAGAGUGCGCCGGGUGCAUCGUUAAAAAGCGGUGCUGCCGUGGCUAGCACAGCGACAAGCUCGUCGUCCAAGUCGAUCCCUUCGUCUGUCCUGAUCCUCAGUGCUACGCUGGCUGGCACCAUCGGUGCUUUGGCCAUCUUCCUGUAG